UGAAUGAUGACGCAUUUCCGGGUUUCUGUAGUUUAUUGUAACACGUGGAAAUCUACAGUGGACUAAAACUCAGUUAUAUUUCUUUAUUUACAGUAUUUGGACUGUUCCGGAGUAAUCGGUCACAAUGGUCAAGCCAAAAUUCAAGGGAAAAAGCUCCAUAAAUCCCUCAAACUCCAGCAGUAAUCCCGACCGGGUCAAGGGAGCUGGAGGGAACAACAUGAGGGACCGUGCCACCAUCAAACGCUUGAAUAUGUACAGGCAGAAGCAGAGAUGUAACAGUCGAGGUAAGGUGAUCAAGCCCUUGCAGUACCAGAGCACAGUUGCUCCAGGAACUGUGGCCAGAGUUGAGCCCAACAUCAAGUGGUUUGCCAAUACACGUGUUAUCAAGCAGUCAUCCUUACAGAAAUUCCAGGAAGAGAUGAACGCGGUAAAGAAAGAUCCGUACCGAGUAGUGAUGAGACAGAGCAAGCUACCAAUGUCCUUGCUGCAUGACCGAAUAAAAGCACAUAACUCCAAGGUGCACAUUCUGGACACAGAGACGUUUGAAACCACGUUUGGGCCAAAGGCACAAAGAAAGAGGCCCACCUUGUCUGUGGGAGAGCUGAAGGACUUUGCUGAACAGGCAGAGGUCUCUGCUCAGAGCUACAUUGCUGAGAAAGACCGUGAUCUGGUGUCUGAGGACAGUGGAGUCAAGGACGAGGCUCGGGAGGAAAUCUUCAAAAAGGGGCAGUCAAAGAGGAUCUGGGGCGAGCUUUAUAAGGUGAUCGACUCUUCAGACGUCAUUAUCCAGGUGCUAGAUGCUCGGGACCCUAUGGGCACUCGAUCCCAGAGCAUUGAGUCUUACCUGAAGAAGGAGAAAUCUUGGAAACACCUCAUCUUUGUGCUCAAUAAGUGUGAUCUCAUUCCCACAUGGGUUACGAAACGCUGGGUUGCAGUUCUUUCUCAGGAAUACCCCACUUUGGCCUUUCACGCCAGCCUUACCAAUUCCUUCGGCAAGGGCUCCCUUAUCCAGCUCCUGCGGCAGUUUGGCAAGCUCCACUCAGAUAAAAAGCAGAUCAGUGUUGGCUUCAUUGGUUACCCCAAUGUUGGAAAGAGCUCUGUUAUCAAUACCCUGCGCUCCAAAAAAGUCUGUAACGUGGCACCCCUUGCUGGUGAGACAAAGGUCUGGCAGUAUAUCACACUAAUGAGACGCAUUUUCCUCAUAGACUGUCCUGGCGUCGUCUAUCCCUCCGACGACAGCGAGACUGACAUUGUGCUGAAGGGAGUGGUUCAAGUGGAGAAGAUCCGAAAUCCAGAGGAUCACAUCGGAGCGGUGCUGGAGAGGGCCAAAGCAGAGUACAUCCAGAAGACAUACCGCAUUCUGUCCUGGAGCUCUGCCGAGGAUUUCCUGGAAAAGCUCGCCUUUCGCACCGGAAAACUGCUCAAGGGUGGAGAGCCAGAUCUGUCCACUGUGUCUAAAAUGGUUUUGAAUGAUUGGCAGAGGGGACGCAUCCCCUUUUUUGCGAAGCCCCCAGGAGGCGAGAUGGAUGAAGAGAACAAAGCACAACCGAUGCUGGAAAUGCCUGAGAUGGAAACCAAGCAGGAAGAGCUGGGAAACAGACUCGAAGCUCAGGAUGUGGACGGGGCCUCAUCUAACCAGCAGGAAGAUCAAACGCUUCUGAGACAGAAUGAGGAGAUGCAGAAAAUCUUCAGCAAUGUCAAGCAGAACUUUGGCAAAAUAAACGUCGCUCCAGAGUUCAGCGAGGAGGACCUUGUGCCUGUUGAGAUACCUGACAUACUGGAUCCCUCCUGGUCAGAAGAUGAAGAUGAGCAAGACGAGGAAAAUGAGGAGGACGAGGAAAAAGUGGAAGAGCAGAUUGGUGAACAACAGGAAGAAGAAUCCUCUGUUUCCGACUCCCCAACCAAAGCAGAAAAGAAGAGCACAUGUGAAGUGAAUAAAGAGAUGGAUGAGAAGAUUGCCAAAUUAAAGCAUUUUCUUGAUCGUGCCAAGUCAAAGCACUUCUCCGCCAUACGAAUUCCUAAAGGCCUGUCUGAAAAGGUGUUCAAUGAAACCACAGCAAAGCAGAAUGAUGCAAAGAAUCUGCAACGGAAAGCUGUGAAUUUGGGUAGAAAGAGGAAAGCUGAAGAUGAGGAGCCUGCAAAGCCUACCAAACUCACAUCUAAAGAGAAAAGAAGACUGGCGCGUGCCCAGAAAGUGAAGAAAGUGGGGGUCCGCUAUUAUGAAACGCACAAUGUCAAGAACAAGAAUAAGAACAGAAAAAUGCCCUUGGAUGGCAAGAAAGCCAAACGAGCUAAGCGAUAAUACCUGGCCAGAUACCCAGUCACAUCAAUCCGUUUCCAAAGCCAUGUCGGUGGCUAGGUUGGAACAUCUGGUGUGGAAUCACGGUGAUUUGUGAAAAAGUGAAGGUUCAGUUAAUCUCUGAUACAAUCGUUCCAGUGCACUUUAUUCAUGCUGUGGCACCAGCCAUCGUCCUGAACAUUCUAACUACAGUCUGACAGCUAAUUCAUUUCAGUACUGUGUAUUUUCAGCGCUUUUAACUUAAGACAAUGUCCUGAUUCUGCAGAGUUGAAAUGUGAAUUAUGUACCUGUAUAUCUACAUAUGUUCUUUUUCUUUUGUUUGGAGAAAAAAAAAUCAAUAAAUACUCAGAACAGAUGCUUUAAUACGGGUUUUAUUCAUUUAAA